UCGCCCGCGGGAGAGGCUGUUUCGGGUGGACGUUCCCGCAGGCGCUGACUCUGGUUUCUGCUCUGAGAAGAGGCGGGCGAUCUCCCGGAGCCGCUGCCGGCCAUGUCUGAUCCAGCUCAGCCACCUACCCCAGGGCCUGAGGGGGGAGAAAAUGCAGGGGGGCCUCCUGGACCACCUCCAAACCUGACCAGUAAUCGCCGUCUGCAGCAGACUCAAGUGCAAGUGGAAGAAGUGGUGGACAUUAUGCGUGUGAAUGUGGACAAAGUCUUGAAGCGAGAUCAGAUGCUAUCGGAGCUGGAUGAACGGGCAGACGCACUCCAGGCUGGCGCCCAAGUAUUUGAAAGCAGUGCAGCUGCGCUCAAGAGAAAGUACUGGUGGAAAAACUGUAAGAUGAUGAUCAUGCUGGGAGUGAUCUGUGCCAUUGUGGUGAUCGCAAUUGCACGUAAGUACCAAGGGACACCAGGAUAAGCGGUUUGUGAACCACGAGCGCUGGAAGGAUGGUGGCACCUGCUUGCAUAUGGCCACAGGGGUCUGGUUCCUGCUUCUCUCCUCUGAUGCUCAAGUCCAGCAAAGCAGAGAGCCUGGUGCCCUUGUGGAUCAUGGGGCUGUUUUGCCUGCUGGGCGAGGGCCAGGCAUGGCAGUAUGGGUGGGCCUUCCUUUCCAGGAUGUUCAGGCACUUUUGUUAAGUGUGGGAUGCUUGGUGUAACAUGCCCUCUUGUUGUCUCCUUUCUCUCCCUUCUGUUGAUUCUGUCCUCAGUCUACUUUUUUACCUGAGAAUGUCGCUGCCUCCCCCCCUCCCCUGUCUGCAGCCUCCUUUCCUCA